CCCUCAGACUAAGAGCUGCGAGCCUACUCUUUACCUCGUGACUGUAGACCCACUGUGUGCUACUUUCACAAACCGAGUCCUCACUAAAGCUUCAGCUUUACGUGUCUUAUCAUAUAAAGUUUUGGUGGAGUUUAAAGUUGCUUGUUCAAAUCUAGAACCAUGGAAAACCUGGAGAAGCAGCUGAUUUGUCCUAUAUGCCUGGAAAUAUUUACAAAGCCGGUUGUCAUUCUACCCUGUCAACACAACCUCUGCAGAAAAUGUGCCAAUGAUGUUUUCCAGUCUUCAAACCCAUACCUUACGACAAGAAGUGGCUCGCUGACAUCCGGUGGCCGUUUCCGAUGCCCGUCCUGCCGACAUGAGGUGGUCCUGGACAGGCAUGGCGUUUACGGCCUGCAGAGGAACCUGCUGGUUGAGAAUAUCAUUGAUAUGUUCAAGGAGUCCACUAGCAACAAGCCAGCACCAGAGAAAAAGGAGGAAACGCCCAUCUGUGAUGUCCACAAGGAGGAGAAGCUCAACAUUUUCUGUGUGACCCACAGCGUGCCCACUUGCUCCAUGUGUAAGGUUUUCGGAGCCCACAAAGACUGUCAGGUGGAGCCCAUCAGCAGCAUCUACCAGACAAAGAAGACGGAGCUGAGUGAUGGGAUUGCCAUGAUCGUCGGCAGCAAUGACAGGAUACAAGGCAUAAUCAGUCAGCUAGAUGAAGCCUGUCGUGUCAUAGAGGAGAAUAGCCGGAGACAGAAGACUGUGGUGUGCGAGAAGUUUGACCAGCUGUACUCCGUCCUGGAGGAGAAGAAAAGGGCAAUGAGUCAGAAGGUGACAGCCGAACAAGAAGAAAAGGUGAACUAUAUCCGAAGCCUGACAAGGAAAUACGGCGACCAUCUGGAGGAGAGCUGCAAGAUUGUGGAGAUGGGGAUUCAGACUAUGGAGGAGCCAGAAAUGGCUUUAUUCCUUCAGAACACAAAGCCACUCUUAAAAAAGAUUGCAGAAGCAUCCAGUACAGCACACUUGGAUAAAGUUGAACUUGGCUAUGAGAGUAUGGAUCACUACAGCGUGGAAUUCAAGAAAGAGAGCCAGGCCCUUUGCAGCAUCGACUUCAUGCAAGAUGAGGAGGAGGAUGGAGAGGAUGAGGAUGCAGAGGCAGGUGCUGAGGAGACGGAAGGGGCACAGACUGUUUCUGCUGGCAGUGAAGUGUUAGCCAGCCCCAACCAGCCUCCUGCACCCCUGAACGUAAGCUCCUCACCUGAUGCAACCAGGAUCACUCCCUCCAGCUAGACAUCAUCUGCUGUUCAAGACGAUGCCCAAACCAAGGGCAGUAGAACUGUUGCUCUUUGAUAUUGAGUUCAGAUCUCUUCUGAUGCAUUUUCACACAGAGAACCGAAAGAAACGUAGGCUAAGUGAAAUGUAGAUAUGCACAGAACUGGAUGGAAGGUAGAUCUGAAAGAAGACAGCGAUACCUAUUGUUGUUAUUUCUUUUCAUUUGACUGAAUAUUGUUUGAUUCCUCCUUUUCAUUUUAGAUAUAAUCAGUGGCAAAAAGACUGCCGUUAAUGUCUUGUGGUUUUCUUCCAGAAUUCAGUUGUACUCAUACAUUUUUCAUGGCACUGACCUUUUGCAACUCACUGCUUAAACUACAUCAUUAGACUGCGUAAAAAGUGGACGUCGUGGACUUUUUUGAGUGCGGUACCCUUUUCUAACUAUCUGUAUAAUGUGUUGUUUCCUAUCGUGUUAAACAAGUAUAUUUUCCUAUUACGACCCAUUUUUUAGAUAUUUUUUUUGCCAUUUGAGGGCAUAUUUUCUUUGUUAUGUGACUUUAAAAACAUUUGAAUAAACCCUAACUCUAUCCUUU